AUGGCCUCCAAGAAGGCGGGAGCGGCUGCCGUGGCUUGCGCGGGCCUUGCCGGGCUGGGGUUCGUCGCCACACCAGAUUCGGGAAAUCGACGCGUGCCGGCUGCUGAUGCCGCCAAGGCCUCUGCCAAGGUAGCAGCAUCUCCGGAAGCAGGCAGCGCCUUCACUGUGGGCGCGGCGGCAGCCACCGCCGCGGGUGCCGUGGCGGCGUCCACCCGACGCAAGACCCGAGCGAGCAGAGUCGGCGCCCGGGCCGAAGUGGGACCCGGCGAGAAGGUCGUGGGCAUCGACCUGGGCACCACCAACUCCGCAGUGGCGGCCAUGGAGGCCGGCGCCCCCACCAUCAUCCCCAACGCGGAGGGCGCACGGACCACGCCCAGUGUUGUGGCCUAUUCCAAGAGCGGUGAGCUGCUGGUGGGGCAGAUCGCCAAGCGCCAGGCCGUUGUGAACCCAGAGAACACCUUCUACUCCGUGAAGCGCUUCGUCGGCCGCCAGCCCAACGAGGUGGGUGAAGAGCUGAAGGAGGUGUCCUACAAGGUGGAUUUUGAAGGCCAGAAGGUGAAGAUCGACUGCCCGGUCUUGAGCAAGAAGUUCGCGCCGGAGGAGGUCUCUGCACAGGUGCUGCGCAAGCUCAGCGGCGAUGCCGGCACUUACUUGAGUGCCACCGUCCAGAAGGCCGUCGUGACCGUUCCCGCCUAUUUCAACGAUUCGCAGCGACAGGCCACGAAGGAUGCCGGGAAGAUUGCUGGUCUGGACGUGCUGAGAAUUGUGAACGAGCCCACUGCUGCCUCCUUGGCAUACGGCUUGGAGAAGGCGAACAACGAGACGAUUUUGGUCUUCGAUCUCGGAGGAGGAACCUUCGACGUCUCCGUGCUGGAGGUCGGCGACGGAGUCUGCGAGGUGCUCGCCACCAACGGCGACACCCACCUGGGCGGCGACGACUUCGACAAGGUCAUCGUGGACUGGCUGGCGGAAGACUUCCAGAAGACCGAGGGCAUCGACCUCCUCAAGGACAGGCAGGCACUGCAGCGCCUGACGGAGGCUGCAGAGAAGGCCAAGAUCGAGCUCUCCGGUGUGCAGGAGGCCAAGAUUUCCCUGCCCUUCAUCACGGCCGAUGCCACCGGCCCCAAGCACAUCGAGCAGAGCUUGUCCCGUGCCAAGUUCGAGCAGCUCGCCAGCAAGCUCAUCGCUCGCUGCAGGACUCCAGUGGAGAAUGCCCUGAAGGAUUCCAAGAUCAGUGCCAGUGAGAUCAACGAGAUCGUGCUCGUGGGCGGCUCCACCCGAAUCCCGUCCAUCCAGUCCCUGGCCUCGGAGCUCGUCGGUGGCAAGAAGCCCAACCAGAGCGUGAACCCGGACGAGGUCGUGGCUGUGGGUGCGGCAGUUCAGGCUGGCGUCUUGGCAGGUGAUGUGAAGGACAUCGUCCUGCUGGAUGUGACGCCCCUGUCCCUGGGUGUCGAGACUCUGGGUGGCGUGGCCACGGUGCUGAUUCCUCGAAACACCACCAUUCCCACCAAGAAAACCGAGGUCUUCUCCACCGCCACGGACUCCCAGCCAUCCGUGGAGAUUGUUGUCCUGCAGGGCGAGCGGCAGUUCGCGAAGGACAACAAGAUUCUGGGAACCUUCCGCCUGGAUGGCGUGCCGCCGGCACCCCGAGGCGUGCCCCAGAUCGAGGUGACCUUUGACAUCGACGCCAACGGCAUCCUGAACGUCGGCGCGAAGGACCGCGGCACUGGCAAGGAGCAGACCAUCACCAUCGCUGGAUCCUCCACCCUGGACAAGACGGACGUCGACAAGAUGGUGCAGGAUGCAGAAGCCAACGCUGCGGAGGAUAACAAGCGCAAGGACGCCGUGGAGACCAAGAACAACGCAGAGAGCCUGGUGUACCAGACCGAAAAGCAGCUGUCCGACCUGGGUGACAAGGUGCCUGCAGAUCUGAAGGCCAGCAUCGACCCCAAGCUGCAGGCCCUGAAGGACAAGGUCGCAGAGGCCGAGCCAGACACCGAGCUCCUGAAGACCAUGACCAAGGACCUCCAGGAGGAGCUGAUGAAGGUCGGCCAGGCGGCCUACGCCAACACCGGCGCUGCAGCGCCCGAGGGCGCUCCCGAGGGAGCGGCCGGCGAUGCCGGGGCGCCCCCGCCCGGCGAUGCCAAGGGCAAGGACGACGUCAUCGACGUGGAUGGCCAGUGA